UCACUGAGGUGUUUGGGUAGUGUGAGCCGCCGCUGGGCUGGCGUUAGUACCUGUUUAUCUCAGAGUGGAGAAUAACAGUCUGUUUUUAACCCUACACUUUACACCGAGAGCUCGGUCUCAUCCUGACUUAUUCUCCUGCAUGGGAGACGUCUCGGCUUCAAACAUGAGCACUUUGCGGGAGUGUAAGGAACCAUUUGACAGAAUCAGCUCUGAACCCGUGGAGGACACAGACACCACCAGCUUUGUGGCAGAAAUUUCCUUGGAGGCCAAUUAUCCAGUGCAAGUGACAGAUCGUCAUGCAGAUGCUGUGACACUCCACCUGAGCUCCAUGCCCUCUGGAUACCUGAGUCCUUCCUCCAACAGAAUAAGACAGCCAGUUGAAGAUGUUGAAGAGUGCAGCUGCCCAACAUCUACUUCACCAGACUACCCCAAAGAACUGCAGUUACUAAACAGCCCCUGUGAGAAAUGCUGCUGCCCUGCACCUCCUCCCAAGAUCAGUGACCUCAUGAAUGACAAAGAUCUCCUGGACUUACUGCGGCUCAAACUGGAUCCAAACCACUGCACCAUCAAAAACUGGAAGAACUUUGCAAGCCGCUGGGGGAUGAGCUAUGACGAACUGACCCUGCUGGAGCACCGGACCCAGGGCUCCUUGUCCCACAGCCCCACCCAGGAGUUCCUGCUGCGCUACAACCAGAAAACGGUCACUGAGCUCACUGAACUUUGCCGCAUCUACCAGCGCAUUGAUGUACUGAGGCUGCUGCAGAGCUGGAUAGAGAAAGACUGGCCGUCACGGUGGCAACAGACUCAUUAACCAGUUUGACUCUGUAUAUUUAUCCUCUCUGUUUUUUUCUCUGUCACGAUUGUAUUUGUUAGGAAUUUCUUCUUCGUGAGCUUGAAUACACAUUUUUUUGUAACUUUAGUAAGAACCAUAGCAAGUGGUCUUAAGAAAAGGUAAAAUAUUUACCAAAACUGGGAACUUCCUGUAGAGAAUGUCGACAUCAUUUGGUCUUUCAGGUAGCACAGUAUCUUACAGACAGUACAGCCCUGGAACACAUUUUAGCCAAUCUACUGGCAUAGCAACUAAUAAGUCCAUGGUCAAUGAAUCUCUCGUGAUUCCCCUAACUUUUUCUCUAAUGCCACCAGCAGGUUGAAGUUUUCAAUUAUCUAAGGAAAUACUUCAACAUGUACUUGGCACAUUGGUACAAAAUACAGUACACACAUUCAUGGUUCUCAGAUAAUGUAUCCUAAUGAUUCAGAUGGUCCUUUGACUCUUUGUCUAAUAUUGCCACAAAGUUUGAACUAUUAGGAUGGAUGUAAACGUUUAGGCCUCCUUUUUCCUCAUCUUGAAAUUUGUUUUGCUUGUCUGCACGGUAUUUUAGUGGUAAAUGAGAAGAAUACAGUGCACAGGUUGGAGGAGAGGCACAAACACAGGAGAUUCACUGAAAUUAGGCAGCAUAAAGAGAAAUGUUGGUAUUUGGUGGAAAAUGUGCUGUAGGCUUUUUCAUUAGAAAUAGAUGUCUCAGAACCACAUGUCUCUGACACGUCACUUUGAGGCUAGUCUGAUGAUUUUAUCAAGAAAACCAAAUGAUAGCAAUGGUAGAAUUCUGCUUAAAAUGAAAAUAAAAAUAAAAGAUAAAAUAAUUCUGUGUUAAACACUGGAAUGUUGGUAAAUCAGUCUGCAUUUAUCUAUAAAUGAGUAAUUCUUACAGUAUGUUGUUUGUAGCUGCUUCAUAGUGUAUGAACUGCUUCUACCCCAGUUCAUUAAAUCCCUAUGGCCAUCUGAAGGCAGUAGAACACAUACUGUAUAUUGAUAAAUCUAUCUUGUGUGACACCUGGCUGCUGCAAUAUAACAUAAAAUACAACACCCAUCAGGCAGGUUAUGUAUUGUGUUGUUUAAGUGGAAGAUUAUCAGACCUCAUCAGUCCUGUGUGUCCUUGCUUCCUUUCCAACUUUCUUUUCAACAAAAGUAGCAUUUCAUGUUUUAUUCUUGAAAUGCAUGACAAUGCAGAUGUUGUUGUACAUUUUACAUUUUAUGAUGUGACUGAUUAUCACGUGAGAUACAGUCGAAAUAAAACAGAAAUAGUGUUGGAUUGGUGUGAUCAUGGGAUCAGCUUCAUCAACUUUUAUUAUUAGUUAUUUCUACCAGCAAUGUACAAGCCAAAUAAAAAUCCAUACCAUCUGC